AUGUCCGAGAGACUGCCUGCAACACCCGUGAUGCAUGACAAAGCUAGGAUGGUCUUCUAUCCCAUCCUGCUGCUCCUUGUCGUCAUAACGGAGAACCACCCUACGAAAAGGCAUGUUCAAGAGCCUAUUGUGCAUUCUGCCGCAGGCUCAGACCUGGAAGCUCUGUUCCGGGAUUUCUUAUCCAAGCUCGUGUACAUUUGCUGCUAUGAGCCUGGCGGCUCGACAGUCUCGGCGUGCACAGCACUGCAACUGCCUUCAUGCAUUCAGUAUGCUUUCGCGUUCAAUGAGCAGACCUCCAGGCAGCUUACUCGCGUCCAAUAUGGCAUCAAGCACAUCCUUAAGAGGUUUGGAGAACCGCUUCCGGACAAUGAGGCGGAUCUUGCGGCCCAUCGAAAGAGCAUUCUCGCCGAUGUCAUUUUGUUCAAUCGCGAUCGAGUUAGAUCAUACUUGAGAUCUUUGAUUGGAAAUGUCGAGAAAUGCAUAGGCGCUUGUGAGCGAAACUCUACAGCAGCGUCACGAUCGGUUAAGAAUAUCCUCAGACAGAUGCGGGACUUGGUGGAUGGGUGCCUCGUUUUAAACGAGAAAACUGGAAAAGAAGAGGUGCGAGUCUCUGCUACGGUGAACCUGAUCGAGAUGCUCAGUGGUAUUACUUCAGAGGAAUUCUCCGUUAUUAAAAACUUCGCGGCUCGGGAGGAUCGUCUGAACCCUAGCAAGAACUCUGAUGCAUACUGGGCAAACCUGAUUCACGUAAGGUGGCGUCUGUUGUCCUACAACAAGGCUGUGACCCUCGCAUUCGAGUGCGGGCGACAUUGGCCUGAGCUCUUUGAGGAGCCCGACAUCCAUAUGAUACCAUCGAGCUCAAAGUUGACAAACCCGCUGAAGAAGCAACCGCUCAUGGCCGAUCAGAUCGUGCGCAAGAUCACCAGCGACUCAACUAGGCUUCAAGAGUUUAGCAGACUUAUACAGCAGCUCUUAGCAAGGGGCAUCAAUAUCAAUGAAAUGAUUGCCCAGAAGUGGAGGCAGGUCGGGAGGCCACUUGUGCACUCGGAAAUGCUUGUUCUAAACUGGCUAGAGGGCACGGAAGGAGGUACGAGACCUGAGAGGUUCUUUGGACAGUACAAGUUUAUUGGGACUAGCAAGCCGCCUUGCAAGCUGUGCGCCUAUUUCUUCGAGUUCUACCCUACGGAUGUCCAGGUGCGCUCCUCGCACCGCAAUAUCUUUUUCCUAUGGCGAAUGUUCGACAUAUCCGAGAACCCGGCCCUACCUAUCUUCACGAAGCACAAGGAGACGUACUUCAAGAUCAAGGACCGCAUUGGUCAGGACAUCGAACGAACCCUAUCGGAAAGUCUGGCCGAUGGUCGCCCGCAUGACUCGAGCACCUACACGGGAGUUGCUGGCCCGCAGAGGCAGCUCGAGGAUCUUCUGACCCAGUCAACCCUCCUCGAAAGCUUCGCGGGCUUGGGCAUCUCGGGUGAUCCAGAGGACCAGUCCACGCCGGAGCUGCCUGAUGAAUCGUCAGGGGGGGCGGAUGAGGUGUCGGAGGAGACAGACGAAGAGGUCUUGCUCUUUGCCGGCAGGGCAAAGCUUUGA